AUGGGUAUUGUGGAAGCUCCCACAGCAUCAUAUUCAUCACCUGCACAGCACUCGCCAUGGCAUUCACCGGUGCCAUACCUCUUUGGAGGAUUGGCUGCCAUGUUAGGACUCAUUGGUUUUGCUCUCUUGAUCCUGGCGUGUUCAUAUUGGAAGCUUUCGGGCUACCUCGAGAACCAGGGAGAAACGGAGAGGGAUCUCGAGGCCGGGGAGGUUAAUGGCAACGUGAAGGUGGAGCCACCAGUUUUCGAAGAGAAGUAUCUGGUGAUCUUGGCUGGCCAAGAAAAGCCAACUUGCUUGGCCACUCCUAUGUCCAGUAGAGCAUCAUCUUUUGGCAGUAAAAGUAGUAGUAGUAAAUCAACAGAGGCAUCAGAGGAAGACAAUGAAGAGAAGAAGAAGCAAAAAAAUGAUGGAAAUGUAGAAUUGGUAAACAUGGAGGACCAUGAGGCAGCAAAUCAGGUCCAUUGA